AAUCACCAGGGUACCACAAUUUUCAAUAUCUCUGCCAUCCAUACUAAUUAACCUGGAUUUCUGGAGAUGCAGCUCACGUAUCAGUAUUUUAAACACCCAUGUGAUUUCAAUAUGAAAUGAAGGUGGAAAAUCUCUGAUUUAGAAGGUGAUUUCAGACACUAUGGAUAUGCUCUUCAGAGUCAGAGGAGGCCUCGACCUGGCUUUUCAGCUCGCAACGGCUAAUGAAAUGUUUAUCAAGAAGGCACUGAGACACGUGUUGAGUGACCUUUCCGCCACGCUCUCUUCAGACGCACUUGUGUUCAGAAUGUGCCACAGUUCAGUGUACAUAUGGCCCAACAGCAACGUAAACACCGUUCCUGGAGAGCUGGACGAUGGUUCUCCUUGUAAGAACCUACUGCGCUUUAUGCAAUGUGAACAGGAAGAAGGCGCAAAAAGAAAAUUCAUGAGAAAGAAAGAAAAAAAAGUACCAGACACGAUAGUAAAUAUAGACCUUAUGCUGGAAAUGUCGACCCCGCUGAGUGCCGUCACCCCUGUCAUUGAAAGGGAGAGCGGAGGCCACCACUAUGUGAAUAUGACCUUGCCCGUCGAUGCAGUCGUGUCUGUGGCGCCGGAGGAAACCUGGGGAAAAGUUCGUAAACUUCUCGUUGAUGCCAUUCAUGGUCAACUGACUGAUAUGGAGAAAUGCAUUUUGAAAUACAUGAAAGGAACAUCUAUUGUGGUUCCUGAGCCAUUACACUUUCUACUGCCAGGGGAAAAAAGUCUCAGAACAAUUGUGUAUCCAUCAGGAAUUCCCGAUGGCCAACUGGAGGCCUAUAGGAAGGAGUUACAUGAUCUCUUCAAUCUGCCUCCCAACAGACCUUAUUUCAAAAGGUGUAACACUUACCACUUUCCAGAUGAACCAUACAAAGAUGGUUUCAUUAGAAAUCCACAUACUUUUCUUAAUCCACCUAACAUAGAGUCUGGUAUGAUAUCUGUGGUUCAGGGCAUAUACAGUUAUCAUCAUUAUAUGCAGGACCGAAUGGAUGACAAUGGCUGGGGUUGUGCUUAUCGAUCUCUGCAGACGAUCUGUUCUUGGUUCAAACACCAGGGCUACACUGAGAGAGCCAUCCCAACACACAGAGAAAUUCAGCAGGCUCUAGUCGAUGCUGGUGACAAACCACCAACAUUUGUUGGAUCACGGCAAUGGAUUGGAUCUAUUGAGGUACAGUUGGUACUAAACCAAUUGAUUGGCAUAACUUCAAAAAUACUGUUUGUCAGCCAGGGUUCUGAAAUGGCUUCUAAGGGACGGGAGCUGACGAAUCAUUUCCAGAGUGAAGGAACUCCUGUCAUGAUUGGGGGAGGAGUUUUGGCCCAUACAAUAUUAGGAGUUGCAUGGAAUGAGAUUACAGGGCAAAUGAAAUUUCUGAUUCUAGAUCCACAUUAUACAGGUGCUGAAGAUUUGCAAGUUAUUUUGGAAAAGGGCUGGUGUGGAUGGAAGGGCCCAGACUUUUGGAACAAGGAUGCUUACUACAAUUUAUGCCUUCCUCAGCGACCACAGGUUAUUUGAAAUACCUUGGACUCAAAAGACUAUAUAGUAAAGUUAAGCUAUACAUUUGUCAAUAAAGAGUAAGUUUCCCUUCAAA